AUGCUUCUCGAUGCAAAUGCUCCUCGACAUCAAAACUACAGGAAUAUUUGCAAAUUUGCUCACGGAACACCAAUUGUUGCACGAAAAUCUUUUCGUCAUUAUUUCGGAGAGUUCAGGGAAAUUGGUUUGUUCAUUUCAUUCUUCAUACUCUCUCCGAAGAAGAUGAAAAUGAUUCUAUUAAGCUUUUUUGGACUUUUAAACUUCGUUAAUGCUGAUAUGAAAAUGAUGCUGGUAUGGGGCCAGCCAAAUUCUGUACAAAAAGCGAUAAUCAAUAGAACAUUGACAUGGAAUGAAUGUAUUGAUACUUGUUACGAUUCACAGGAGUGUGUGAUGGCUUGGAAGGCCGACGAUAUUUGUGUAAUGUAUAAUUAUAAUGCAAUCAGUUCAGUAUCUCAGACAACUUCCGUAAAUGAAUCAAUUGUUGCAUGGAAGGUAGAUGCACCAAUAGGAGAAUGUCCAAAAGGCACAAAUGCCCCAACUUUUGACAAUCAAAAUGCAACGGGAACUCUCUUUGUUGACUACGUUCCUUCGAAAUGGGCAAGGCAUGUUAAUUACAAUAUUUAUUCUGAUGGGGAUGUAUGGAAAAUGUCAUAUAGUGUGAACUACAGUUGCAACAAAAAUUUCUUGGGUUACGUGGGUCAUGCAGAUGGAUCAGGUUUAUGUACUGUCGACUUUUAUGAUGAAGAAGGAUCUUAUUCAUAUGAUUGGUCGAUGAUGUUGUGCAAAAACUUUACUAAUGGCACCCUAGCCGGCUUAAUUUAUCCAGAACAUUUCGCAUGGUUUGAAGAUGACGUACGAACCAAUCUAUUUCCAUUGCUUAAAACUCCUCAAACUUAUGCUAGGAUGGACGGAAUGAGGACCACUGCUUGUAGAGCUACACCAAAAACUGCAGAGUGUAUGUCACCGCAGGGUUUCACAUUCGCCGGACCGCCAGUGACAACAUUCGAAAAUUACAAUUGGGUUACUGAUGCAUCUGCAAUGGCGACUCCAGACGAUAACUGCCUUGUGUUGGUUUUUGAUAAUAACAAUACUCCAAAAGUUGAUGUUAAAGGGUGUUCUGGAGCCACAAGUCCGCUGAGCGCGCAUGUAGCAUUGUGCUCUACUCCUGCUUGGAAGUUUAACAUUGUCCGUGUUAAUUGA